UGCUGUUGCAUCCUCCUCGUCCGCUUCUCCUCCUCGACUCCGAGCUCCGAUGUCCUCAGCCCGCCUCCGGUCGCCUCCGCCGCCCUCCGCCGACCCCUCGCGCGACUCCAACCUUCUCGAAGGCAUCUGCGAAUGCUCUGAAUCCGAGCAAUCUGAGGUUUAAUGGCGUUUAAUGUGGAAAUAAACUGAGAUGAGUUAUGCGUUGCUAGUUUUGGUUGGAUGCUUUGUAGUUUUGGUGUUCUUUUUGGGGUUUGGUGUCUUGGGAUUGGGUUUCGGGUAUUUAGCUUGGAUUUCGACCAUGGUGAUGUCAUCCGAUAACAUCCGGGGCUUGGUGUUGGCCCUCUCAUCGAGUGUUUUUAUUGGCUCGAGCUUUAUUUUUAAGAAGCAAGGGUUGAAGAAGGCCGGCGUUACUGGAGUCAGAGCAGGAUCUGGAGGUCACUCAUACCUGCAUGAACCUUUGUGGUGGUUCGGAAUGAUUACCAUGAUUGGGGGUGAGGUAGCUAAUUUUUCUGCUUAUGCAUUUGCUCCAGCAAUACUUGUGACUCCUUUGGGAGCUCUGAGCAUUAUUGUCAGCGCAGUGCUAGCACAUUUUGUUUUGGAUGAAAAAUUGCACAUUUUUGGUAUCCUCGGCUGCAUUCUUUGUGUUGUGGGUUCGACAACUAUUGUAUUGCAUGCCCCGAAAGAGAAAGAUAUUGAAUCAGUGAAGGAAGUUUGGAGCCUUGCUACUGAACCAGGUUUCAUUGCCUACAGCUGCGUGAUCAUUUUCUUGGUUAUUUUCUUGAUCAUCCAGUUAGCUCCACAUUAUGGCAAUACACAUUUGGUUGUAUAUAUUGGAAUUUGCUCGCUGAUGGGUUCUCUUACGGUAAUGAGUGUGAAAGCAUUGGCCAUUGCCAUAAAGCUAACAUUUAAGGGAACAAAUCGAUUUAUCUAUGCUCAGACUUGGCUUUUUGCUGCUGUUGUAGUUAUAUGUUGUCUCUUGCAGUUGAACUACCUAAACAAGGCAUUGGACACAUUUAAUACUGCUGUGGUUUCUCCUGUCUAUUAUGUGAUGUUCACUACUUUCACUAUCUUUGCUAGCAUGAUCAUGUUCAAGGUGAUAUGCUAGAUUGAAAUUUUAAAUUUAGUUUUUAUCUCAAUAUAAGUGUUAGUUCCUUUCAUAUUUUCUAG